CUCACAGCUAGACGGACCGUUGGAAGCCCUGAGCAGAGAGACGUUGUUGACAUUUUGUUUUCUUAGCUCUUGUCCGCAUUUUUGGACAUUUUUACGACAUUAGAAGCCCACCUAUCGCCUAUCUACCAUCACGCCUCAGUGCGGGGAUCCAGCAAAGAUGAAAUGGAUGUUUAAAGAGGACCAUUCCCUCGAGCACCGAUGUGUGGAGUCAGCCAAAAUACGCAACAAAUAUCCUGACAGAGUACCGGUGAUAGUGGAGAAAGUUUCUGGCUCUCAGAUAGUGGACAUAGAUAAGAGGAAGUACCUGGUUCCCUCUGACAUCACAGUGGCCCAGUUCAUGUGGAUCAUCAGGAAACGUAUCCAGCUGCCUUCAGAGAAAGCCAUUUUCCUCUUUGUUGACAAAACUGUCCCACAAUCAAGUUUGACUAUGGGCCAGCUGUACGACAAGGAGAAGGACGAAGACGGCUUUCUGUAUGUGGCCUACAGCGGAGAAAACACUUUUGGUUGCAGGUUCUUUUACACAACAAGGGGUUAAUGCUUCACUGAAUAUCAACGUAUACACACAUACACUGACACAGUAGGACCCCAUACAAUACUGGUGCACAAUGUUUCAGAAUUGGCCUUUUUUGUGUUAAAGGUGAUAAACUCCUCCCCUUGGCACAGUUAUUUAUGAUCAUUUUUUGAUACUUAUCCUGACUAGUAUAAGGUGACAAAACAAAAUAAACUCGAUUCUUUAGAGCAGGCUCAGAUGAUCAUUAGUCUCAAGACAGUCUUGACUUUAAUGAUUGUUUUUAGUCUCGAUUGAUGUUUAAAGGUCAGUUGUGGAGAGAAUUAUCUUUAACACUGCCGUUAAAUAAGAAUAACAACCACCACACACUACAGCCACAUCACACAUCAUUGAUUUAUAAGUAUUAGCAUUGGUUUGAAACUCUGAGACACAAGCCUAUCACUACACAAUCAUGCAACAUUUUCUUUCAGCCUAGCUUGUUGUUGAGGAUAUUUGUGUUCUGCUGAAGUAAGGAGGAAUUCAUGUAAUCAUAUGAAUAGUCAUUAAUCAUGCUAUGGAUGUAUAUGUAUGUCAUGUUAUCAUGUAUAACAACUUUAUUCUGUAACUUUAAUUCCAUAGGUACACUUUACUUGCUAUGAUAAGCAAUGAAGUAGCUAUAAAAACACAAAUGAAGGCAGCUUGUAUGGUCACAGUAUUCACAUGGUGGCCAUUUUUGUUCAUCGUCACUAUCCAGGUUGGAGCUUAACCACUGUUAUCAAAAGGCAAUUGUUUGCUAUAUUGGAAAAUUGUAACAAUUAUAAUUUUUCCAUUUGCAAUUGAUCAGCAACUGAAAAGACAGUACUGUUAUCAAGAAAUUGUCCCUAUGGCUCAUUAACUGUUGCCUGACAAAAUAUGCUGUCAAGCCUUGAAACAUGGCCUGACUUUCCCCAAGAUUUUACUCAAUCAAAACCAUUAAAAGAGAAGGACUUUAGAUUCCCCACUUCCCAUAACUGUACAAGUCAAGUUUGAGCUUCCCAACCUGAGCAUGACCUUAGGAAAAGGCUGCCAUGUGGAUCAUUGUGGCAGUGAAUGAUGGUGGCUGUGCUGUAAGCUGUCAAAGAGGUAGUCAGUAAGAAAGGCCAGGGACAAGCAUCAGUCCUUGGGAUGAGUGCUUGCUUAAGUUUGCACAUUGUGUUUUAUGAAGCUGGAGUCAGAGGCAUGACUCCAACAACCAAUCAUAAACCUUAGAGAACAGUUAAAGACAUCAACACUUUAAUUUUUGUUAAUAUUGUGAAUAAAUUGUCUAUGCUUUACAGUCUGUACAUCAUAAACCCUGUAUUCAAAAAAAGAAAACAACACUAAGAAAGCUCCAAUAUAAAAAUGUUAAAAGUUUCAAGUAAAGAAACUGGAGCUGUAGCUGUCUCUUUAAGGACAAACCUAUAUAUUUGAAAAAAAAAAAAAAGAAUCAUAAAAGAGAAGUUUGUAUGAAUGAAGGAUGUUGAGCUACUUUCAAGUUUUCAAUCAUAAAUAGUAAGAUGUAAAGGUUUAAAUCAAGGCCAGACUCAAGUGUAUUUCUGCUGAUGCUAAUCUUAAAUAUUUGUUUUCAAACUAAAAAAAAGAAGCUAUCUCAGUGCGUAGAGAAAUGUCCUCAAAUAACAAACAUUUAACUAGUAAUGGGGUUCUACUUUUUUGAGUUGGCUGUUGUUUACUAAGCCCAAAGUUUUCAGCAUUCCUUUUAAUAUGGAAUA